AUGACCACAAAACGCUCACGCGCAACUUUCGAAGCUGAUCUUCAGGCUCAGCAGUCACCAUACGCCGUGUACGGAACCCCACUACCGCCACUCGACGAGUCAGUCCGUGAUGAUGGCUCCUACAUGCCGGUGUGGAAGCAGGAGGUGACUGAUGAGCGGGGGAGGAAGCGUCUCCAUGGAGCCUUCACAGGUGGGUUCAGUGCUGGGUAUUUCAACACGGCCGGAUCUAAAGAAGGAUGGGCUCCCGCGACGUUUAUCUCGUCUCGCCAGAACCGCGCGCGCAAUAUGAAACAAGUGCAAAAACGGCCCGAGGAUUUUAUGGACGAGGAAGAUCUACGCGAGCAGGAGGAAUCAAGACAACUACAAACAGCCGAUGGCUAUGCCGGGUUUGGCUCGACUGAGACGGACGCUACCCGGCGAGCUGGGCUUAUGGAUAUUUUGAAGACUGGCGGCGAAACCAUGGGUGUGAAGCUGUUGAAGAAGAUGGGCUGGCGGGAAGGUCAAGGCAUCGGGCCCAAAGUGCGCCGCAAGGCCAACCUCGAUGACAUCGUUGACGGGGAGACUGCCGAUCAAACAUAUCUCUUUGCGCCUGAUAAUCCGCCAAUGGUUGCCUUGGUCCGCAAAACGGAUCACAAGGGGCUUGGUUUCGAAGGAGAGGCGCGGCUCGGCGAUUCUCACACAUCUACACACGAGAAACCCGACGACAAGAGCACCGACUCAUUCUUUGGUGGACGACUAGCCAUCCAGGAGAAAUCUAAACCGUCGAAACCGAAAGAGUCCCGGCGGGGCGCAUUCGGCGUUGGCAUCCUGAACGAUACCGGGUCGGACGACGAGGACCCCUACUCGCUAGGCCCACAGAUUUCAUAUAGCAGGACCAUUGGGGGAGACAAGAAGAAAAAGAAGAAAGACAAACUAGACGACACAAGGCCUACAAUCGCCUCGUCCAAUCCUCUACUCGGGGCUAAGCCUGUCUUCAUAUCAAAGAAGGUAGCAGCCGCACGGGGUACAGGAGGAUUUCGGAAGUGUCGCGAUGGUCGACUGCCGCUGGAUGGUUUCAUCUUGGCCGAGGCUCUUUCGGACCUGUCUGUGUCGCAGGAGAAGAAAUACGACCCGCCUCAAAUCCCCGAGGGCUGGAAAUCGGCCAAGAAACCAACGACUGAACGGGACACAUCGAAUUAUCUCUCUACUGCUGAUGCUGCUAAAGCAUCGUCACUCAAUCCAAGCUCUAGAGCAGCAGUUCUGGGCGAAACCCAAUUACCUGGCAAAUCCAUCUUUGACUGGAUGACCCCAGAGGCGCGAGAACGGAUUGUCAAAUUAACCGGAAACGCCAAUUUACCUCAAGCUCUGGGAGAGAAAGGCCCCAAAGGGCAUGGGCUGUCUGAGUCGGAGAAACGAAAGGAUUUAUGGGGCCUUGUCCCAAAGCUGGACAAGCAAUUUGCCGUCCAAGCCUUGACUCGGGCCGUCAGCGGGUGGAUGCCUUACGCAGAAGACGAAGGAAAACGUGCGCGUUACCGGACAUUCCUUGAAGUCCGGGCAGGGCUUCGCCAGACGCUGCCAGACCGACUGCCCGAAUCCAGCACCGACGAUUGGGUGGCGGAAAUGCAGGAGUUUGCUCGGGCUGCCGAGGUCUUCAAACCCAUGUCUGGGGUCAUGGCAUCCCGCUUCACGUCAGCAUCUUCUGCACCCAAGGUCGCUUCCGAUGCACCGGAUUCAGCCGACUCGCCUCUCGGCCGACCCGCAGAGAAGCCCGAUGAUCCCGCGGUGGCAGCCGCAAAAGUCGGCAUGUUCGGUCAAAUGACUCGUAGCACUGUCUCGUUUUAUCCGGCUCGCCUGCUGUGCAAGCGUUUUAAUGUUAAGCCACCGGCGCAUGUUCAAGUCGACCCUGGAGAACCGCCCGGAACUUCCGACCAGGGACCGAGCUCGCGAUUCCAAGCCGGUGCACCUCCAAGUGAUGGGCCCAAGGAACUGGUCUCUCGUGAUAUUAUGAAUCGGCUCAUGAUGGAGUCGACGGGCCAUUCUAUCGCUGAAUCUGAUUCUGCGACUGCGGCACCUCGGCCACCAGUGGAACCUGAGCGCAACGAUGCACUCGAAGCCCAACGGCCUGAUGAUGCACUGUUCAAGGCUAUUUUUGGCGAUGACGAUGACGAUGAUGAAUAG